AUGGACGCUCGCCGCCUGCCCGUAUUGCGACCGUAUCGACGUGUGAUUCCUCUUGAACUAACCGCAACACUGUUUCCCACGGCACACAUGAUGCUAUUUUCAGAACUACCAGGCUGGCAAGGCAUUCAAGGGUGGCUUCUUCAACCGUCAUACAUCGAGGGAGAGAAGGCCAAGAACCCUGUUGUCACUCAUGAUCAUCCUGGAAUGUUCCUCAUUCCUAUCUUUCUUUACUCAGUGCAGUCUCUCCAAUACAUCGGAUUCCUUCCCGAGACCGCGAAGUUCCUAUAUGACACUUGGAUGCGCUACGAGCAUGACCAAUUGAGAAUGGGGAUAAGUUUCUUGGAAAACAUCCAAGACUACAUGGAUUCACGCAUGAGACACGAGGAUUGUAGGAACGAGGAAGCCGUCUUGAGGAGGAUAGGUGUCGACAACUCCGUCAUCACGUCUAUAAUGCAACACCACUUUACUUCGAGCAGAGGUGAGGAAACGCUGAGCGGGUUGUUGAAUGAUAUUUUUAUAAGGAGAUACAUUUGCUUGUGGAAAAUGAGUGAGCGGGUUUGCGCGAACCUGAGGGUGCGUGAUCCUUUACUUCCCGACUCUCGUAAAGACCUCGAGGAUUCGGAUGACGAGUCAUUCCCCAAGGUCUAUACGCCAGUAGAGUCGGAUGUGGACGAGGAUUUCAUUCUUGUCAAAAAGCCAAAUGAGCCAGUCGCCCAGAAUAACACACCAGGAGAAGUCGGUUCGGAAGAUGUGUAUCAAGACCCUGGAGAGUUAGAUGAAAACGAUACGUCCGGGAUGGCAGAUUGA